AGUGAAGCGUUAGAGUGUUUCUGAAAUGCCAUAAUUUAACAUCUACCAGCAAGUGAAUGAUAGGAAUGAGCUAUGACGAUAAACCCGAAGCACAACAUGGAGAUGAACUUUGAUUUACAGUGAUGAUUUGGCGACACUGAAUGAACGCUUCGAGAAAGCAAGGACGCGAAAAACCCGCGUGUAUGGAUCUCAGAUACAUCCAUCAUCCCACGCGCGAUGCUCCCCGGGCGAAAUUCAACAUUAUUCGCGUAAUGAAACUGUCCGCUUGGAGGUUUUAAUGGAGGUGGAAGGCGAAUCUCCUGACUGCGAGUUUGAGUUUUAGUCGCCUUUAGUUCCGGAUGUACACCAACAUUUUUCCUCAUCGGAGAGUUCUCGGCUCCUGUUGGAGACGCCAGCGCUUUUCGGCGAGCUUUGAGGGACAUGUGCGGUCUCCAGCAGCAAUAAUACCAACACCGGUCAGGAAACCAAAGUGGAUUUCUACAACACGCGGUUGACAAAAGCAAUAAACCCGUUCUGAACGUAAGUGACCCGUUAUGAGAAACUUCAGGAGGAAAGCAUCACCGGCGAGCGUCUCUCACCCCGUGCGGAUGUUACAACGCCUCGUAAGGUUUUAAAGUGCGUGCGAAAGACGCCGUCUGAUCCACAUGAACUUUUUGGAUUUAUUAUCGACAUAACUGGAGAGAUGAGAAGAAGACAGGACGACAUCACGCCAUCACCUGUUUUAUGAACACUGUGAUUAGUUUUCACAAAAGCACAGAAUCUUUAUUGCCUUUGGACCUGGUUUUCAAUACAUUCCAGUGUUAAACAUGGAGAUCAGUCAGUCAGGGACAGCAGACGGUUUUAUUUUUUAACGCGCAAGAAUACAUAGCCAUAUCGUUUUUAAUUGCUCUUAAUACGUCGCUUUCGAUAGAUCUCUUAAUUUUGCACUAUGAUGGAACCACCACCUUGCACGAAAAAGAGUCUGUCUCUUUCGUUGCCGGUUCCCCGGGAGGGUCAGGCGACCCUUAAGCCUCCGCAGCAUCUUUGGAGACAGCCAAGGACCCCCAUCAAAAUCAAACAUCGCGGCUACUCUGACACCGACCGGCAUCACCACCGACAGAUAGAGCGCUCAAAUGCCAUGGACACAAGUGACCGGCCGGGGCUUAAAAAGUCCCGCAUGUCCUGGCCAUCGUCGCUCCAAGGAACCCCUAGCGCACCCAUGGGCAACUGUGCUGGGAAUAAGCGCUAUGAUGGGGAGAAUGGGCCCUCUCCUGGCCGCAGCCCUAUGGAUUCGCAGGCGAGUCCGGGGCUGGUGGUCCAUCCCUCAUUUCCUCAGAGCCAAAGGAGGGAAUCUUUCCUGUACCGAUCAGACUCUGACUAUGAAAUGUCCCCCAAGACCAUGUCCCGAAAUUCCUCGGUCAACAGCGAGGGUCAUGCUGAAGAUCUCAUAGUCACCCCCUUUGCUCAGGUGUUGGCUAGUCUACGAACUGUCAGAAGCAACUUCACCAUUCUCGCCAAUGUCACGACUCCCACAACAAACAAGAGGUCACCAGUGAUAAGCCAACCCACCGUUCCCCCAGCAACCCUCUCAGAGGAGACAUACCAGCAGCUGGCCCGGGAGACUCUGGAGGAACUCGACUGGUGUUUGGACCAGCUGGAGACCAUUCAGACCCACCGCUCUGUUGGCGAGAUGGCCUCCAACAAGUUCAAGAGGAUGUUAAACAGGGAACUGUCUCAUCUAUCCGAGAUGAGUCGCUCUGGGAAUCAGGUGUCUGAAUACAUCUCCACUACUUUCCUAGACAAGCAGAACGAAGUUGAUAUUCCAUCCCCUACACUGCGGGAGCGAGAGAAACCGAUGUCUCACAUCAGUGGUGUCAAGAAGCUCACACACAGCUCCAGCCUAACCAGUGCAGCUCUGCCACGCUUUGGGGUCAAGACCGAGGAAGAAGACGCGCUGGCCAGGGAGCUGAAUGACUUAAACAAGUGGGGCCUUAAUAUCUUCCGUGUGGCAGAGGUCUCCAAUAACAGACCUCUGAGUUGCAUCAUGUUUGCCAUCUUCCAGGAACGGGAUCUAAUGAAGACCUUUAGUAUCCCCGUGGACACCUUUAUCACCUAUGUGAUGACACUGGAAGAUCACUACCAUGCCAACGUGGCCUAUCACAACAGCCUGCAUGCCGCCGACGUCACACAGUCCACACAUGUCCUUCUCUCCACAUCAGCACUGGACGCUGUUUUUACUGAUCUGGAAAUCUUGGCUGCAUUGUUUGCUGCUGCCAUCCAUGAUGUUGAUCAUCCUGGAGUUUCCAACCAGUUCCUCAUCAACACCAACUCAGAACUGGCAUUGAUGUACAACGAUGAGUCCGUGCUGGAGAACCAUCACCUGGCUGUAGGCUUUAAGCUUCUGCAUGAGGAGAACUGUGACAUCUUUCAGAACCUCACCAAACGACAGCGGCAGAAUCUGCGCAAACUGGUCAUCGACAUGGUUUUGGCAACUGACAUGUCAAAGCACAUGAGCUUGCUGGCUGAUCUAAAGACAAUGGUGGAGACCAAGAAGGUGACCAGCUCUGGAGUUUUGAUGUUGGAUCAUUAUAAUGACAGGAUACAGGUCCUUAGGAACAUGGUGCAUUGUGCUGACCUUAGUAACCCAACCAAGCCUCUGGCGGUGUAUAGACAGUGGACCGAGCGCAUUAUGGAGGAGUUCUUCCGGCAAGGCGAUAAAGAACGAGAGCGUGGGAUGGAAAUAAGCCCCAUGUGUGACAAACACACUGCAUCUGUGGAGAAGAGUCAGGUGGGUUUUAUCGAUUACAUUGUGCAUCCGCUGUGGGAGACCUGGGGGGACCUGGUCCACCCUGACGCUCAGGAAAUUUUGGACACCCUCGAGGACAACCGGGACUGGUACCAGAGCACCAUCCCCCAGAGCCCAUCGCCGCCUCCCGAUGGCCCAGACAAUGAAGUGGAAUCCUGCACAAACAAAUUCCAGUUUGAGCUCACCCUAGAGGGAGAGACAGGACAGGAGGAUGGGCCUGCCAGUCAGAACCACGGGCCUGCCAGUCAGAACCACAUCGACAACGAGGAAAAGACGAAUGGGGAUGACGUUGAGGAGGUGGAAGAAAACAUGGAGGAGGGAGAGGAGGUGACAGAGAGGUCGGGACGGAGGCGACUGCAGGUUCAGUCAGUAGUUGAGGAGGAGGAUGAGAGACAGUCUGACGAGAGUCCAGUGGAGGAGGAAGAGAAAAUGUCCUCUCCAACCGAUGAUACAAGGGAUGACCGGGGUCACGUGAUCGAUCGGUGUGAAUUGAUGAUAUUCCCAUGCAUCAUGACUUGUGUGCAUCUGCUAUUGACUUUAGUCUUUACUGUCAGCCUGGGAACACCUGUGGAGAUUCAUCGGCCUCGAGGAGUGCCAUUGACAAAGAGGCAGUUUUAUGAGGAGAACAAGCCCUUCACUUGUUUAGAUGGAUCUAAGACGAUUCCUUUUGACCGAGUGAAUGAUGACUACUGUGACUGCAAAGAUGGUUCUGAUGAGCCAGGCACACCUGCUUGUCCAAACGGUAGCUUUCAUUGCACUAAUGCUGGAUACAGGCCCACCUUUAUCCCAUCCUCCCGUAUUAAUGAUGGCAUCUGUGAUUGCUGCGACACUACUGAUGAGUACAACAGCGGAGCCAAAUGUGAAAACACCUGCAAGGAUUUGGGACGUAAAGAAAGGGAGGUUCUUCAGAAGAUGGCUGAGAUCACCAGAGAGGGUUUUUUGCUGAAACGGCAGCUCAUUGAGGAGGCCAAGAAAGGCAAACAAGAAAAACAGGAUAAACUAACCGGAAUGCAGGACAACAAGAAACAGCUAGAUGAGAAAGUUGAAGCGAUGAGGACAGUUAAAGAAACAGCAGAGCAGCCCGAGAAGGAAGCUAAGGAGCGCCACCUCAAGGCUUGGGAAGAGCAAAUGGCAGCUAUUCGUCUAGAGAAAGAUAAGGCCAAAAUGGCAGAAGCCUUCUUGGAACUGGAUGACAAUGCAGAUGGCGUGGUGUCUGUUUCUGAGCUUCAGUCUCAUGCAGAAUUGGACCCAGAUGCUGAUGGCACACUAAGUGAAACUGAGGCUCAGGGACUCAUGGGAGGCGCCGACCAGUUGGACACAUCAGCAUUUGAAAGUGUUUGGACCAACAUUAAAGACAAGUACAAAUCAGAGUCUCAGCCUGUGGAAUCUGCCCCAGUGGAGACACCCGUGGAAGAAGUGAAGGAGCCAGUCGGAGACAACGACUCUGAGCCAUAUCCAGAGGAAGACAUCUCUGAGGAAGACGAUGAGGAGGAGGAUGAAGAUGAUUAUCAUGAAGAGGAUGAUAAAGCUCCGCCCAUUAUUAGGACUCCUGAGAAGAGUCAGGAGGAUGAAGAAGCCAUGCCUCCUUAUGAUGCUGAAACUCAGGCUCUUAUCGAUGCUGCUCAGAUGGCUAGAGAUGACUUUAAUGAGGCUGAGAAAGCUCUCAAGGAGGCGGAUGAUCAGAUCGGAAAUAUUGAGAAGGAGCUGUCCUUUGAUUUCGGCCCUGAUGCUGAGUUCACUUACAUGUACAGCCAGUGCUAUGAGCUUUCCACUAGCGAGUACAUCUACAGACUGUGUCCUUUCAAUCGGGUUUCACAGAAACCCAAGUAUGGAGGCUCAGAGACCAACCUUGGGACAUGGGGAUCUUGGUCAGGGCCUGAAAAUAAUAAAUACUUGACGAUGAAAUACGAACAUGGCACCGGGUGCUGGCAGGGUCCAAACCGAUCAACUACAGUGAAGCUGACUUGUGGGAAGGAGACCGUGGUUACCUCAACUUCAGAGCCGAGCCGCUGUGAAUACCUAAUGGAAUUCAUCACACCUGCAGCGUGCCAAGAGACAUCCAACAUUGACCCCUCGACACACACUCAUGUGGAGCUUUAGAUUCCACCUACUGCUCAUCAGUGCAUGGUUGGUGUGUGGGAACACUUAAGUUCCAGGUAGCUGUUAAGGAACCGCCUCCAUUAGUUUAGGGUCUACUGUAAUGUUUGUUUUUAUUGAUGUAGUACAAUCAUUUUGCCUUACAUUCUGUGGAUAAUGUUCAAAUAAAUUCAGCUUUGCAUUGAAGAAUUGUUGCGUUGGGAUUUUGUUCAGCAAAAACAUGAUAGUUAAUGUUUUACACUGGACUAUGAACUGUAACGUUCUUAAAUGCUUGUUGUAGAAAGUGACUUGUUAAACAUUAAACAGUUUAACCUUA